AUUAAAAUCUUUUUCACCCAAUGGAGCUUCUAGCGGGAGUGAAGCGGGACCAAUCGAGACCAAGCGGGACGCGUCGGUUGCUAGAUCCAGUCUUUACUCUUCCAUAGGAUGACUCAUUCACCACCACAACCAUGCUCACAUAGUUACUGACGACGCAAAGAAUUUCUUCGAAGCGCUUCCCGCAUGUGUAGUUUAUAUUACUGGCUUCGUCUGUGGAAUUAUACAUGAUAGGAUAACCCACAGAUUUCCAUCAAAUGUAGCUGAAGCGUCCAUAGUCAAAUGCAGCUGUUUUGGUCAAAAUAACCGGGGGAAAGCGUGUUCUAUCGGCCACGAACGAAGCACGAAAGAUCUUCUUUGAGAUACUUAAAGUAAACGUACACGUGAAUUUACCACCAUUGUGUGGAAAAAUGCCUUUAGAAUCCUAUACCAUUGGGAAAGUAAUCGGAAAAGGAAGCUAUGGAGAGGUUUGCCUGGUUAAACAUCGAAAGGAUAGAAAACAGUAUGUCAUGAAAAAGGUCGAUCUUUCGAAAGCGUCGUCUAAAGAAAGAAUAGCUGCUGAGCAAGAGGCGCAGUUGUUAUCCCAGUUGCGUCAUCCCAACAUUGUUUCAUACCGAGAGUCAUUCCAAGAUGAAAAAGGAUUUCUCCACAUUGUAAUGAACUUUUGUGAGGGAGGUGAUUUGUACACAAAGCUAAAAGCACAUUCAAAAGAUGGAAAAAUUCUGGAAGAGACACAAGUUGUUGAGUGGUUUGUUCAAAUUGCAAUGGCAUUACAGUAUAUUCAUGACAGGAAUGUUCUUCAUAGGGAUUUGAAGACUCAAAAUAUAUUUCUGACAAAGAGCAACAUUAUUAAAGUUGGUGAUCUUGGUAUAGCAAGAGUGCUGGAAACAUCCUCUGAUAUGGCUACAACACUUAUAGGAACACCAUACUACAUGUCACCAGAACUCUUCUCUAAUAAACCCUAUAAUCACAAGUCUGACAUGUGGGCUUUAGGUUGCUGUUUGUAUGAAAUGUGUACACUGAGACAUGCUUUCAAUGCAAAGGAUAUGAGUUCUUUGGUUUACAAGAUUCUUAAAGGAAAGAUUCCACCUCUACCAACACAUUACAGUAGUGAUCUGCGUUCAAUAGUGCAAAGCAUGUUGGAGCUGGAACCUGAGAAAAGACCAAGUGCUUCACGCCUUCUGCGUCAUAACUACAUCAAAAAACAGAUUGCUUUGUUUCUUGAGGGCACGAAAAACAGGCAAAAACAGAAAACCUCGUCAAAAGGAGAGAGAAUUUCAAGUGCUAAGUUUAAGUCUUCAGAUUCACGAACAUCCAAGUCCGAUUCAGGAUAUUCCGGUUCAGGACUAGAGGCUUCUAUUGCUACAAUUUCUGCUGUGGAUUGUGUUAUAGAGGACGAAAAACCUGCUAAGGAAUCACCCAAGCCUUCGUCACGAAAUGACCAGGGAAGAUCGUCUGUGGAUUCAACAAGUUCCUCAAGUGGAUCAUCCGAAAAAGGAAAAACUGAGGUGAACGUUAAGAAAAUUGAAGAGAAAAAUGUAGUGGACUUGAAACAAAAAGAAGCAAUUAAGAAACAAAUGGCUAAAAGGAAAAAGUCAGCUGGCAGUGAAAAGACUAGUAAUAGACAGGCAGCAAAGCAGAGAGGUGUAGACGAAGAUAUUUCGGUCAGGCGGUCAGCUGAAGAUGUUAAAAAGGCUGCAGCUGGAGAUGAGAAGAGACCUUUGCCUAGUGCCGUCAAGUCAAAGACACCCAAGGCAGAGUCUCAUCAACUUCAGCGACCCUUACCACAGCCUCCCAAGGGAGGGGUCCCAGGGAUAGAUUUGCCCGCCUCUAGAAGCCCCAGAGCGAGGCGGAGAUACAAAGUCACGUCCAGCUCACACGCGGCCAGAUCACAUUAUGCCGAGGAGGAGGAAGAGGAGGAGGAGGAAAUUAGUGCUGCGGACUCUGAAGCAAGUUGCAAGUCUGUCAGUGACAACACGCCUGUGAGUGGCUUAUCUGCGCGAGAGAGACGGAGGCUCAAACAACGACAGAAAGGCGACAAAAAUGCCGCACCCACUCCUCCCUCAGUGCCUGUACUCCCCUCCCCUAGUGAGGUGAUUGCUGCCAAAGUCAAGAGAUCACAGGAGAGCUACCAAGGAGGUACGACAUUCGUCAUUUCAUUGAGAGAGUUUAUAUGCAGUUUUCCUAUGUUGUUUGUUGUUUUUAUUUUUGCUUUUCUAGCUACCCCCAGGCAGGGGUCAGCGGUCCGUGAUCCUAGACGUCAGUUAGGCCCCGAGGGUUUUGACACCCCGGAUGGUCCCACGCCCAUUGCUCGGCAAGAAUCAAGUGCUUCUAUCGCGGACUCUGUUGAACAUGAUAGCGACACAGACUCGGAAUUAGAGGAAAUCAGUUUAGAUGAACCUUCAGCGCAUGCUCCUAGAAACCCUCGCAGACAAAGUGACGUCACUUCUCUUAUCACAGCACUGGACACCACGUUGAAAAUGACAAAUGUCAGCGUUGAUAGGGAAUCCCCGGAUGUGGAGACUCCGCCAGAAAAAUACGAAGAGAUGGAACCACUUGACGUGCCUUAUGGUGGAUCACCUACAACAUCUGGAAGAUUACGAGACAGAAUAGAUCGAUUGAGAAGGUAAGGGUUCUGUCUUUGUAUGCAC